GAAACGGAAGGACGCCAGGGAGCCACCCCCACCGCCUCCGCCCCUGGAAAGGCCGGCUGCCAAGCUAAGCCGCCGGGGAGGAGGAGGAGGAGGAAGAGGGGCCAGUAGUGGGAGGGGAGACAAGAGAGGAGGAGGAAGAGGACCAAAGGAACCACCCCCUUGCGAUUGAUGGGCGGCUCCUCCACCGGGGACCAGCCCGCCUGCCCCGCCCCUCGGCCCCUUAACCCCUCUCUGGGGAGAAAGGACUGACCCACAAGGUCGGGGACUAAGAAUCAUGUUGCAUGAAGCAAGGGACAGACAGAAGUUCUUCAGUGAUGUUCAAUAUCUGCGGGACAUGCAGCAUAAGGUGGAGUCUGAAUAUCAGGCUUGUCUGAAAAGACAGGAACACAGAAGAGACUCAACUGAGAACUAUGGAGAUCUAUCCGGGGGGCAAGAGACAAAUUUUGAGAAAUCCUGGUUUUCAAGUGGGACAUCUUCCAAACAGACUUCUGGUGAGGAGGACCCUCUAGCCAAACCAAAAUUAGCUGUCAAAAAUUCUGCAGUGAAGUGUGAAUCCAGGCUUCCAGCAAUCGACCAAACAUUCGUCAGGCAAAAAGAUAAAAGCACCAUGACCACAAAGAAACCAGAGAACGUGGGCCCCAGCAAAACCUCUGCAGCAGCCCAGUCACCACAGAUUUUAUCCAAGAAGAGGAGGCCAAACCUGGGGAGACUGACGGUCAGCCCAGACCUGCAGAGCCCGGGAGUGCCUGGGGACAGAAGCAGACACAAGUCACAGCUGCCCGAGAAGGCGCCGGCGGCCUUCCGGGGAGCAGAUCCAGUUCAACGAGAAGGUGCGAUGUGGACAAGCAACGCUAAGCCGAAGAGGCCAAUGCGAGAGAGAAGGAACUUGGUCCCACCCUCACGGCCAAUGAGCGUGACCAAGAACACCCCUGAGAGAGCCAGGAAAGGAGACCAGCGUGCUCUUUCCCAGAAGGAGCCCCAGCCGGCCCCAGCCCAGGCCUUCCCAGGAACAAACAGGCCAAGGGUGUCGAGUGAGUCCUCGGGGCCGCCACCCUUCACCACCACCACGGGAGAGUCAAGAUGGGCGCCAUUUAGGUUCAGAGAUGAAGAUUUUUAUUCCGUCUUGUCAUUGAGCUGUGGAGGAGAAAGUGAUGACACUGAGGAGGAAACCCACGAGGAAGAAGAGCGUUUGUUGGCCAGUAUGCGUGCACCCCAUUCUCCUGCCCGUCGUAAGAGAAGUCAGUUUCUCGGCAUAUCAGCCCCACUGGCCAAAAACAAAAAUUUUGAAGAAAAUCCUGAAAGUUGCAGGGCUAAUUCUGUAAGAAAAAGUAAGUGCAAUCAUGGCUCACUAAGAAUAAGCAACGUAACGGAGCCAGUGAGAGAGCAGGCUCCCGUCGGGCAAAGGGUGUCCCAAGACCCCAGGCUGCCUAAUGGGGGGUCUGCCACAGAGAAUGACAGUGGUGACAGUGAAAUCGAGGACAAGACCUUUCAUUCACGGGACACCAAACUCAACCCUAAUCUAGAAGAUGGUCUCAGUGCUGAAGAUGCAUUUAGUGACUGUGCUUCUGUGGAAGACGGGCCUGGCACCCAUAACUAUGAGAGAGAAUGGCAAACCUAUUUAAAUAAUUCCAGUACUCUUCUUGAUUACUUUCCUUCUGGUAGACCAAGAUCACCAAUGAAUUCAUCUUAUAACACUCUGGGAUCAUUAACGCACUCUGCCCUGACAGAUGACGUUCCAGUAGACUUGUCGAUGACAGCCCCUUCAGCUCACAGUUCAAACUCAGAGGGAACCUCAAGGCUUAAUGCUCGCCGACCACUAUCCCCCAUUAGAAAUAGGAAGCCAUUUGCCAGUCCUGAAAACCACAGUUAUUUUCCAGCAAACGAUGCACGUGAAUUCGAUGUCAGGGGAGCAGAAGAAGCUAGUGCUUCAACAAGCCAAUCUCAGGGGGCUCCAUUGUACACGGAAGAUUUCUUACUAAAUCCUCAAAGCUUGUCAUUGGUGGAGACUACCAGCUCCUCUGCAUCAGGGAUGAACUUACAAGGCCACUUGUACGUGCGUGGGUCCCUGCAAGAAAACAUACCUCUCGCUCUCUUUGCGGCAUCUGAUUUCCCAGAUCAGAAUAGCAGUGGGAACAGAAUGGUGGUCUCUGGUUUCACAGACGAAAAGGCAGCCACUAAAAUAAAGGCUGACCCUGAAAAACUCAAGAAAUUUCAAGAAAGUCUCCUGGAGGAGGACUCUGAGGAGGAGGGAGACUUGUGUCGCAUUUGUCAGAUGACGGGGGGUUCCCCAAGCAACCCCCUCCUGGAGCCUUGCGGCUGCGUGGGAAGCCUGCAAUUUGUUCAUCAAGAGUGCCUGAAAAAGUGGCUGAAAGUGAAAAUAACAUCAGGAGCGGAUCUGGGCGCUGUGAAGACCUGUGAGAUGUGUAAGCAAGGCCUCCUGGUCGACCUGGAUGAUUUUAACCUGACCGAGUUCUACCGGAAGCACCAGCAAUCCCGGGUGCAAAACGAGCUGAUGAACUCAGGCCUGUACCUGGUGCUGCUGCUUCAUCUCUACGAGCAGAGGUUUGCAGAACUCAUAAGACUCAACUACAGCCGGGCGGCGAGGGCGCGGUUGUCAAGAAAUUUCCCACAACCCAGGCCGGAAGAAAAUGAAAAUGCCGAGCUGGGAGAUGGAAACGAAAAUGGCAUUUAUCAAGGCAACAGCAGGGUCGUCUAGCAAGGGCGCUGGCCACGGAGCUCGGCAGAGACGUCUCCCCCAGCUGCCCUCUCCGUCCCCAAGUGUCCCCCUUCCUCCUCCUCUUUACUGAAACUGAAACGAAUGUGUCCACAGUUACCGUUUCCACCUUAAUGCCAGUCUCCUCUUGGGGUCUGGCUUGAGCAUCCGGGACAGCAACAGUCCCAGACAGCACAGGCCGGCAGCCUGGCCCUGCUGGGCCCCCAUGGGCUGUCCUGCUGCUGCUCUCAGCCCAGAAGCCCCAGGGGCCCAGCAGCCCUGACAAGCCCAGUGGCCUGGGGUCUCCUCUGCUGAGGGUACCUGUUCAUGCCUCCACCAAGUGGCAUUGAGCCACAUAUUCAAUAAACUGACUUAAUUCACCCAGCUUCACUUUGAGCUUCUUUCAGUCUUAUUAGACAAAGGCUUGUCUCAGCUGGGAGGAGGGGGAAGCACAAACCCCUCCCCACUUCCACUCUUGCGUCCCACCACCGUCAGGAGGGAUGCCAAGUCCCUGAUGCCCAUGGGCUAGUUCCGCUGGAUGCCUGGCUGCCCUCAGGUGCCCUCUGAGGACCUGUUUGGUGGGUGGCCCCAUGCUUCUAACUACAUCUUAGAUCAAAAGACCAAAGACUAGAUCAAACAGGGUGCAAAAUGCCAGCGGCU